GCCAUAUUCUGUGACAGUAUUUUGAUUCGUAUCUGCUGGAAGUGAGGAAAAAGAGAAAAGUGAAGGGCUGCAGAGGGGAGGGGGGGCUGUCACUAAGUUAUCCAGGAGUCUGUGUCAAACAGCGGAGGGCCGCGGCUCGGUUCGCCUCCGCUUCUAGCUGCUUCGAGAACACGGGCCCCGGGGCCUCGGUGCUGCGGCGCUCCGGACCCCUAACGGCUUCUCCCCUCCAAGCUCCGCGGCCCUUCGGAGGUCCGGCGGCGGUUACAGACGGCCCGGGAAGCGGCGGAGGAGACUGGGAGUCCAGACGUUCAGAAUGAAGUUGGGUCUGUGCCACAACUGAUGCUCCCGUCUGCUGAACUCAACGAUCGAUCCUGACCUGGUAGCAUACGAAUGGCCCAGGGAAGCCAGCAGAUUAACAUUCAGGUUUUGCACGAGCUGCGCCAGAAGUUCCCAGAAGUCCCAGAAGUUGUCGUCUCUCAGUGCGUUUUGGAGUGCAACAACAACCUAGACGCUUGUUGUAAGUACUUGUCCCAGGUCAGUCCAGGCUACCUUUACAGCGACGGAGGCAAUCUGAGCUUUUCCGACGACCCCAGCUUGGCUCGGCUCCGGAAGCACAUGACCCAGCUGAACCUGGGCCUGCAGUCUCAGAAUGUGCAUGCGGCCCCGGUUCAGGACGGCCUGAGAAUGAACGGCAGCAGGACUCUGUCCCACAGCAUGAGUGACGGGCCCCUCCAGACAGGACAGGCCCCCAGCAGUGACUUUUUUCAGCACGAGUCCAAGUCAGCCCCGGUGCAGGUACCCCCCACUCUCAAUGUUUUCAACGUGAUGGAGCCCAGCCGUAAGCCGCAGCCUCCGCAGAACCUAGCGCUCUACACUCUAGGACCCAAGGGUCAUGGCGGGGGUCCGCAGCAGACCCCGCGCUUCAACCCCAUCACAGUGACGCUGGCCCCGAAUCCCCAGACCGGCCGCAACACCCCCACUUCUUUGCACAUACACAGCGGGCCCCAGUCGGGCCUGGGGAGCCCACAGGGCAACUCCAUCUUCAUCCGGCCGUAUGUAAGCCAGUCCAGCUCGGGGCGGCAGAGCCAGCAGGCGGGGGGGAGGGCCCAGUACAGCCCCACCUCUCAGCCACAGCAGCAGAUCUACCAGUUCUCCCAUUCCUCCCCCCUCCCCAGCUCGCGCCCUGUCCCCCAGCACUCCUCCUCACAUACCUCACGGACCUCUCACGUCUACAUGCCCAUCAGCUCCCCCACUAACCCCCAGGCGCCUGCCAUCCCCUCCAGUGGAAGCAUGGCGUCGUCGUCUAGCAUCCCCUCCUGUCCCUCUUCGUCCUCCUCCUCUUCCUCAGUCAUGCCCUCCUCCCAGUCGACCGUCAGCCAGUACAACAUCCAGAACUUCUCCACCGCCCCCCGGAAGAAUCAGAUCGAGAUCAAACUUGAAUCUCCUCAAAGGAGCAAUUCCAGCGCCGCUGUGAGGCGGCCGAGCAGCGGGCACUGGUCAUCUUCCUCCUCCUCCUCCUGUCCUCCUUCAUCUUCCUCUUCAACUGGAGCGGCUACUGUCACCAGCACCCCUCUGUCCAUCGGAGGGCCGGGCUCCUGCCGCAACCAGCCAACUGUUUACAUCUCUGCCAGCCCCCCCACUGCUGCUACCGCCCCCUCUGAGGAGGUCAUGAUGCCGCCGCCGAGCUCCCGCUCCCAGCCCAAGUUUUACAUUUCUGCCAGCGACGAGGGCGGAGCCAGAAACCCUCCUACAGUCUACAUCUCAGCUAACCCUCAGAUACAGGGGCCCUCUGGCGCCAGGAACAUCGGGGGGCAAGUGAGCAUGGGCCCCGCCUACAUUCACCACCACCCGCCUAAGAGUCGCCCCUCUGUGGGAGGCGGAGGCCCCGCCUCUUCGCCUCGUGUUGUAGUGACUCAACCCAACACCAAAUAUACCUUUAAAAUCACUGUGUCUCCCAACAAACCCCCGGCUGUGUCCCCUGGAGUCGUGUCCCCGACCUUUGAGCCCAACAACCUCCUCAGCCUGCCGUCGGACCACCACUUCCCCGAGCCGGAGCCGCUGCAUCUGUCCGACCCCGACCCGCUGUCGCCGCACAGAGAGCGGCCCAGCGAGCCCCGCAGGCUCAGUAUGGGUUCUGAUGACGCGGCGUACACACAGGCGUUGUUGGUUCACCAGAAGGCUCGAAUGGAGAGACUUUGGCAUGAGUUGGAAAUGAAGAAGAAGAAGCUGGAGAAGCUAAAAGAGGAAGUCAAUGAAAUGGAGAAUGACCUGACCAGGAGAAGGCUGGAGAGGUCCAACUCAGCCUCCCAGAUUCCUUCUAUUGAUGAAAUGAAGAAUCUGCGAUGCAAAAAUAGGACUCUGCAGAUUGACAUUGACUGCCUCAGCAAAGAAAUUGAUCUCAUCCAGACAAAUGGACCGCACUUAAACCCCAGUGUAAUCCAUAACUUCUAUGACAACAUUGGGUUCCUUGGUCCCGUCCCACCCAAACCCAAAGGUAACGUGUCUGUUGACCCAGGGAGUAAGAUUGUGAAGCCCAGCUCGGAGCAGGAGGACGACGAGGGCACCCAGUGGAACUGCACAGCCUGCACCUUCCUCAACCACCCCGCCCUCAACCGCUGUGAACAGUGCGAGUUCCCGCGGAACUUCUGAGCCAACGGGCGCGUCGCCCUUCCUCUGCACACCUGAUGUCUCCCAGAGCAGAGCAGACUUUUUGUUUUCCUUCGCUUUUUCGGAGAGGAAAGCGAUAAGAGAAAGCGGACGGCACACGGCCUACUUUUCUCGGUUCUUCCUCUAAGUUUGUAGUAACGCUGUCCGGCGAAGGCCCGACCGCUCAGUGGGAUCGUAGCUCACCUUGGAGGCUGGGACGGUUCCCCUGCUCUGCUCGCUGGGGGACACUUCACUCCGGAUACUCCGCUGCUUCCACUCACAGUAUUACGAGCGUGGCCCUGCAGUGGCAGCGCACGUGUGCCCGCAUGCACAAACAAUCCCCGUGCCGGUGUGCCUUUACCCCCUGAUUGCAUAUUUGAGAGUUUGGGUUUUUUUCAGUUCCUCUGUGAUGGCCUGACCUGGCUAAGGGACGUGUGCUCAGUCACUGAAGGAAACACAAGAAGAAAAAAGGGACUGUCUCACCAGCGCCCCCUCUCUGUCCUCUUUGUCACGACUCGGUGAAAACAUGGAAAAACAAGUUGCAUGCUUUGUGUACAGUACGUCAAGCAGAAGCUCUCCUCGAGCUCUUUGCUGUACAGAAUUUUAGACUGUUGCUUUUAAACCUUUUCUCCUCACACUAUGAAUCGCUCGUUUCCUGUAAGUAUAGCUCUAUAGACUUUUUAUCAGCUACUUUUGUCUCUGUUUCCUCAAACAGACAAGCACCGUUUUUUUUUAAAGCUUUUUACUUGAUACCUGUGAGAAGCCGAAGCUUUGCAGAAGGAGACGAGCAGAGCUGGUAAAACGCUCACAGUAAUCAUGAAGCUACACGUGUCGGUCCGUUCAGACGCUUGUCUAUUUGCCGGGUGUACGAUCUGUUAAUGUAAAGGCGGUGGAGAAGUUUUUGUUGUUUUUUGUUUUGUUCUUCAGGACAUAUUAGAGACUUUCUGGGGUUUUUUGGGGGUGGAGAUGCUGGGUUAAAGAAAAAAAAAAAAA